UGUGGACCGAAGCGGUCUGAGUACUUUGUGUCAAAAGAUGGUGCAUGUGUUUGGGACAACUUCUAUCAUCAGUUAACCUUUAGCACUCCACCAUCAAGAGUAGAUUUAAGUUCAUGACUGAGUCAGAACCAGAGCCAGAGACGGGCAGUGAGAAUAUCUUUCAUACCUUUACGACCGUCUCUUUGACAGUUAGAUGUUUGUUGUGGUGUGAUUUCACCAACUCUACAGGAGUUUCAGCUCUCUUCUAAACCUGUGGCACUGACUGUAUGACUUCCUCAGCGGGGCUGUACACUAGCGAGCAGUAAGCUAAGUCAGUGAAAGGUAAGCUGAGCCAGGCCGUUAAGAUAUCACGGCUGUGCUGACUAGCCGGAUAGAUGCUGACCCAGAGACGGCUGUUACCAAACCCCGCCUGUUAACACCACUCACUGAACAUCUCCCGUAGUGUUAUACUGGAGCUGGCAUAAAUCUCUGCCCUGCUUGGAAGAAGACCACAGGGCAGCAUCAGGAAUUCCCUGAACAGCUCCAGACUCAUGCAGAUGAUUUCAUGCCUCGAUGCACAAGUGACCAUGGCUGAUGAAACCUCCCCGGGGAAGUCUGACAGACAAGUUGUUGAAAAGAGAAGUGAAGAGAAACAUCAAGGAAGGCGCUGUACCUCUCCUUCUCCCCGAGAUGGACAGAUCUUAAUCAGCACUCAUAAAGUGGAGACUGAUUCUUCAUUAGGGAGCAUUUGUGUAGGUGUGAACUCACUUCCAGAGAGCAGCGACACUGGAAUCCUUUAUCUGAACCCCCAGGUACCGAAGUGGUGUCUUGUGGAGAAGUUUUCUGAGCUUUCAAGUGGAGACGAAACACAACUUCAUGUCGUCGAAGAGUUUAGCAGUCCGGAGUUGUUACAAAGCACGAAAUACUCUGAAAGCAGCAAAAUAAAUGAAUCUAAUGAUGCUGCGGAGAAGAAGGAAAGAAAAUGCUCAAAAUCCCUCAAGAGCCACAAGGUAAGAAGUGAUCCUCCAGUCAAACAGAGAGCGUCAAAGCUCAAAGAGCUCAAUGUUGGGGAUUAUAAUCAAGGUGGAGGUGAGAAAAAGACCAAAAAGAAGACCGCGAAUAGUCGUCCUGUGAAGAAAUCGCUUAAAAAGCACGAAGAAGACAAGAUCGCUCGACUUCUGGUCGCGAUGAAAAAACGUGAUGGAGUCGACACGGAGCAGCGUCCCUUCAAGUGCACGCGCUGCCACUGGGCUUUCAAGAAGUUCUGCAACCUCCAGAGUCACUUACAGACACAUACUGGCCUCAAGCCACAUGUGUGUGAUAUAUGUGGCAAGGCUUACUCUCACCAGGGAACGCUGCAGCAGCACAAGCGCCUGCACACAGGUGAAAGACCAUAUCACUGCCCCUUCUGUGUCAAGACCUAUAUCUGGUCCUCAGAUUACCGCAAGCAUAUCCGCACACACACUGGUGAAAAGCCCUACGUCUGUGACACGUGUGGCAAGGAUUUCAUUCGAUCCUCUGACCUGCGAAAGCACGAGCGGAACAUCCACACCAAUGACAAGCCCUUCCCGUGCAUGCAAUGUGGCAAGACCUUCAAUAAGCCCCUCUCCCUGAAGCGGCACGAGCGUAAGCACCUGGGAGAAAGACCUUUCUCCUGCCCUGACUGUGGGAAGGCCUUCGCUCUGGAAAGUCGCAUGGCGGAGCACCAGAAGAUCCACAGAGGGGUGCGUCCGUUCGUCUGCUCCGUGUGCUCCAAGUGUUUCACAAAGUCAUCCAACCUGGCCGAGCACGAGGCCAUUCACAGCGGAGAGCGGCCACACAAGUGCGCAGAGUGCGGCGUGGCGUUCGCCAUGGUUUCCCGCCUCGUUCGUCACCAGUACAUCCACAAUAAAGAGAAACCCCACAGCUGCACAGGCUGCAGCAAGAACUUUAGCCACCUGUCCGCGCUGCAGCUUCACCAGGAACAAACCUGUGCUGGGAGGAUCUUUGUGUGUGCAGAGUGUGACAAGUCUUUCCUGUGUGCCGCAAAGCUUACGCAGCAUAUGCUGAACCACCGGGACAAGGUCUGAACUGUCUCAAGACAGGAACUGUGUGAGCGCAAUUUAAUCAGUUUGCAACUGUUAAUCUAAAUGCGGUGGGAUCACUUUUUAAAAAUAAUCACUUCCAGACUAAUCGGAUCCAUUCAAGGUCAAAGGUUACCAUUUUGUUAAUGUCAGGGUAUGUAUAUUUGAUGACUGUGCCUUAAAUGCUUUUAGACCUGGCUCUUACUUACUGCUGAAUGUUAUGGGCUAAAAGUUAACAGCAGCAUCGACACAGGAGCUGACAGCUUAACAGUGUAAAAUUUAUGAGCAUACAAGAGCAUUUAGAGUAUAAGUAUAGUUAAUACUAAUCAUCAACAUUGCCACUGAAGUUAGGACAUAAAAAGGCUCUAGGAAAUGCAGGUAGUUGAUAAUGAUACAUGGCAACCAGUGAUGUAAUCGCACGCUCGGGUCAUUCUGUGUACGGUGGCCAAGGUAGCACAUGCUGACUGAUUUCAAGUAUGGAUGGCACUCAGUGGCAUUUUAAACAGCCCGCUGCUUCAUCAUCCUGACUUUGUAGACGCCCAGAGAUUUAAGUACCCAAGUUUAGCAUCACACAGGAGAUGACAGCUUCGAUAACAAACGUUGGCAGGAAGCUGCUUCAUUAUAUUGUCCUGACAGAUGAAGUGGCAGGUUAAAUGUGGGUAAUGUGGGCACAUGUGUUUAGAAAAGGAAGAAUACAAAGCACAUAUCUCUGUGGACACACUUCAAAUGUGCAAUAUGUAAGAUCUGGCCUCCUCUUAAAUUAAAUUAAUGCGAGAACAAAGCGGGCAGCAUAUCACCAGAGUAAUCGUUAAUUGUUGCUAACUGUAGCUGCCACUACGUAGUUUGCUAAGUUAACCGUUCUGCUAGUAAUCCAAAGUGGGAGCUCAGAGUUGUAUCACAUAAAAUGAUAUUUCUGCAUCAUAAUACAUAAACAUCUUUGACGUCAUUAGAACUUAAGUUUCUUCACAUUCUUCUGAAUGUUGUUAACUAAAAUUAUCGCAAUUCAACAAUCAUUAAUGUGUUUUGAACCCAUCAUCGCCUGCCAUAAACAUGCAAAUAAUAACCCUGAUGAUUAUUCAUCCUCAGGUGCAGGCUGAUGUAUUGUCUGGUGAGUUGCAGUGAGUUUAGACAUAGUUUUUGUUGACACACAGGCUCAUAGUAAGUCUGUCAUAACUUUGCAGUCGGGCAGCACCAGUGAUCACAUGAAUAGACCAGAAGAGUUGAAAUGGUUUAGGGAACCUUGCUAAUCAGUUCUUUUGCUGUUUUCUGCCAGCGUGAUGUCGUUCUCAGGGUGCGCUCUAUUUAUUUUGACUUUUUGUUGAAUUGUGCAUUACAGCUGUUUCCGUAGUUUUACAAUUCAGGUUCUGUGGUUCACUUUCAUUUAUUAGAAUCAGGUGAUUAUCCUGUAACACAUGCAAUCAGAACUUUGGGGGAAAGAAACAAAUUGAAUGUCUAUUUCAAGAAACUUGUUAGCAGUACAAAAAAAGAGCUUACAGAGGCUCUAACUGCACAGGUCACUUACUAUGACAGUAUAUAGUAUUUAACCCCCUUACAAAGAGGGAAAUGACCCUGCAAACUUUGAAAAUAUGCAGUAAAUGUUGAACUGCAAACACUGUUUUCUUAUUUUGUUGGUACAUUCAAUAAGCAUGUUUGGUGAUUAAGAGGAUCUUUCAGUCUCAAGCUGUGGUGGAUUAUAGGGAAACAACAUUUUCAAAUCUGUAAUGUGAUGAUAUUUCAGAAAAUGAAGUGCAA